GUAUAGCCAUUAUUUAUUGACAGAUGUCUUCAAAUAUUUUGACAAGUGUGCAGACCUCAUAGCAAUAAGUCUUGUUUUUUAUACAGGUGAAGUUUCUAAUGACAGUAGGCAGAAAACUGUCCACCACCCGUCUGUCAAAUGAGAGGAAUUUUAUCUUUAAUGGACAAAUGUUGGAACAAGAACUGAAACCGUUUACUGAGUUUGAAACUUCCCGAGCACUACGUAGAAUUUCUGAAAAAUCUGAAAAGGAGCUGUCAGACAGGGUGUGCAGUGAUAUACAUGCAUUAUGUGGGGGUAUUCCAUUUUCUGUAAGAGUGGUCGGAGAUUUGUUAAAAAAUGGCUUCACGCCAGAAAAACUUCUCUCUGGACUUCAGCGCCAGCCACAAUCAGUCCCAAUGGAUGUGUUCCUGCAAAAGUCUUUUCAGAUGCUGGAAUCAACGCCCUCAAUAUAUGAAUUGAAAGGUCUUCUUGUCAGAUUUUCAGUUUUCCAAACUGCAAGGUUCAAUAUAAAUGCUGCAGUUGCAGUAGGCUUCAAUACAUCAAGAGACGAAGAAUUUCGAAGACCUUUAAGUCUCUCGUCAUUAAGUGGAAGGACAAUUACAGAUGAAACAGUGAAAAAUGAAAUGGAACUGAAAUUACAGCAGUUGAAGUGUCAUUUUUUACUAGAAGUUGAUGAUGCCCAAUCUUCACUAGGAAGAAAAAGAGCAUUCGGUGAAAAGUUAUUCUCUUUGCAUCCAUUGGUUGCUAACUACAUAAUGUCACUUUGUAAAGAAGAUGAAAACCUCAGGAUGGAAAGAGAAUCAGCAAGAUCACAGUUUUUACAGUAUUAUGGCUCUUUCAUAGAGUCAUUAGGUAAACGUUGCGAUAGUGACCUUCUCAUAUCAAGAAACAUGAUGGAGGCAAGUAUGAUACAUAUUAAGCAAUUUUUCACGAUUAUUCGUGAAGAGAAAUUUUUGUUAACCCAGUAUUUACCACAGAAAGAUCCAAACAAACAUAAAAGAUCUGCUAAAGUUGCUGUUCAGAGAAGGCACAUUUGGAAAAUUGCUGAAUGGGCGAUUUCAUCAUCUGAAAGGACAUUGUUUGCAAGAAGACAAGCUGAACUUGAGCAUGAUAGAAAAAAAUUGUUCAGCUAUAUAUACUGGAAAUCACUGGAAGCAGAAAGUCUGUUAAUACAGGAUCGGAUUCAACUGACUCUUCAACUAUUGAAAAGUGUAACCUCUGAGCUAAAAAUCGUCAGAGAUGACACUGUAUGCUCAAAAGUGGAUGGAUGGGUUAUAGUCCCAGAUGAAGAAAUGAUUACCUGGGCAACAUUUUAUACGGUAAAGGGAAGACUUUACUUUAAGAAAAGUAGACACAAUAACGAGAAAGUCUUGCAGGAACGAGCAAUGAAUAUAUUAACACUGGCAGAAAAUCUUUUGGAAGGAAAAGAUAAAUCAUGCAAAGGUGAGGAUCUCAAAAAAUACUUUAAAAUUGAUCUUGCAGAAGUCAAAAAUUUGAAAGGUUGUGUAUAUUUCUUGAUGAAGGAUUACAACAAAUCACGAAAUUGUCAUGAAACUGCAUAUAAUCUUGUAUUGAAGUUAACUGGGAACCAGCUUCAUAAAAAUCUAACCGAGUACCGUAGCAAUGUAGCUUCCUGUUACUAUCAGUCAGCAUUGGAUGCUAACGAUCAAAUGAAGAGGGAUGAACUGUUCCAGAAGGCUUUAAAAUAUUAUGCUAUGUCAGUACGAGACAAUCAGAAAAUCAAUUGUGAAAUGAUGCCAAGUCAAGCAGGAACUUUACGGAACAGAGCUGAAAUUUAUUAUAAACAGGACCGACUGGAGAAUGCUUUAGAAGAUGGGAAACAUGUAUUGACAAUUGUUCGCAAUUUGUACGUAGCUCCACAUAUAGAGAUAACUCUUGCCAUUGAAAGACUCGCAUACUACCACUUUAAACUAUGGAAGAAAAAACAGAAGGAUUUAGAUGGAGAAGGCCAGACUCAUUUGGAGAAGGCCAUGAAACUUUACGAUGAGGUAUUGAUGCAAAUUACAAAUGGUGGAUUACCUUUAGAAUAUAAUGAUACCAGGACAUACAGAAAUGUCAGAGAAAAUCAUAUGAAAGUGAUGAGGCUACUGAGGUAUGAAGGGCGAUUAUUUGAAGAUCGACUUCGACAGUACCAGGGUUUUGAAGAGGGAAAAUACAAUAAGAAAAUUCACCAUAAUCUGCAGCAUGAUCUAGACUUUGUUCCUGAAGAAUUUCUCAAAAAAGCCAUUGCAGAGGGUGCAAAAUUUGUACCCCACAAAAUGGAAGAUUCUGAUGAUAUAUCUAGUGAAUCGGGCUGGAAUAAAGCUAACCCUGUAAGUAGCAUUAGCAGCAGCAAUAGUACCUCUGAACGUGCACAAAGCCCAAAUAGAAUGAUGGACAUUGAUCAAGUCGUUGCACUUAAAAGACAAGAUAGUGGUUUAGAAGAAGCUGAGAUGAGUGAUGAAGAGUUAAAAGGCCCACAAAAAGAACUUAAUGAUAUGGAAGUGGAUAAAAGAGAUGUGAAACCAUCAAUAGUAGAUAAUGAUCAUGAUGCUGUUAGUAAAAGAAAAAUGUUACGUAAAAGAUCCUCUGUGCAUGUUAGUAGUAAACGACAAGGUGUUGCUGAAGGAGGGGAAGUUAAAGAAGAGAUAGGAAUGAUUAAAUUACAAGAUCCAUCACAGGAUAGUGUUAUGUCAAAAACGGACAGGAAGAUCUAUGUUAGAGAUGAAGAGAUAGAAGAUGGUAAGUUUGCUUGUAAAUGUACACUAAUUCUCUCAACAAUCAAUAUUUUCUGUAAUGUUAUCAAGAUUCAUAGUUCUGAUGCAGAUUUCUCUCUGAACAUAAUAAAGGACAUGCAUUGCUGCUAAUGGCAAAAAUGAAACUCUCCAGCAAAAUUCCCUCAAUGGUUACACGGCUUUUUUGAAGAAAAAAAUGAAACAAACAAAUAGAUUUUGAAGUUAAGUUCACCCUGCAAAGAAACAAAUGCACUAGCUGUAUACAUACUUAAGCUACAAUUAUUCUACAACUGUCAAUGAUUUUCUCACUUAAUUGGGAAGAGGUCAUAGCCUCAUGAUUUUGGGAAAACUGUUUGUAAAAUUUGGGAGGUAAAACGGAGUGCGUUUGUCGGAUUUUUUUAGGGAACUGCAUGGUUUUAAAGAACAUUUCGAUUGGGAAAACAUCUUUAUAGGCUUCAGUUAUAUCAGAUGAAAAAUCAUUUUGUCUACGUAUCUGCUGAUUUUUUCAGCGGAUUUAUAAUUUUACAAUUUUUUAA